AUGAGGACUCGAAGAAGACCCGUCCUGCGGGAUAAAACCCCAGGAAAUACUCCUCAAUCAACCAGGCAAGACACAGCAAGGAAGAAAGAACUUUUUGCCCAAGUUACCGAGAAGCCUCUAGGAGCUCUCAAGCUAUCUGUGGAUGAGAAGAGCGGUGCGCCGUUGUCAAUCCCACCAUCUCCCAAGCCUGUCCAUGUCCGCGAUAUUCUCCACACCGAAAGACUAGCCGUUGGUCGUGAUGCUUCUCCGAGCCCGUCGCCAGCAAAGUUUCGCAGGCCGCUCAGCACGCUUAAGUUACCUUCAGACUCGAUCCCUCACGUUCGCAGGGAGAAUCGUACACCAAGUGUUGUACCGCCUUCUCCGCACCCUAGCCAUGUGCGGUAUCUCCUCCAUCCAGCCAAUGACGACGAAAUUCUAGCUAGUCCGACACCUGUGAAGUCGAUCGCACGGCGUAGGUCUGUCAUGCUGCCGCAGUCGACGCCACUUGCUUCUCUGCGUCGUAGGCCGCGCCUACCUUUGCACGAGCUACCUAGUCGUGCUAAAGAGAGUAGUGAGCCUGGUGCUUUGCCCUCCGGGUUACCCCUGAUCUCAACCCCCAUUGCACCCAAGCGGGACUUAUCGUCCCUUCCACCAUCGUCUCCACCCGCCGUAACUUCACCUUCUUAUCGAUAUGGUCAGUUGCAAGAUUCUCAUGAUAUCGAGAAUGUACUGUCGGAGGAUGAAGAGGACAUCGAUCUGGACGAGGAAGAGGGGAACAAGGAAAAUGUGCACGUCCAUAGGCACACUGGUGCGUUCUACAUUCAGAACAAUGAGAGGCCGUCGUCGGACGACCCAUUUGGCUUCUUCGCUGCCGAGAGGAAGUUAAAAAUUCUUCGAGGACAGACUGCAUCUCGCGGUGAGAAGGGUAAGGGCAAGGAGCCUUUAAGGACUCUGCGCGCCCCUUUGGGUACACUAUCAAUCAGCCUACCAGAAUCGUCCCCCGCGCCGUCUAAUGCAGGUACUCCGGCGCAGCUGCCUACGCCAGAAGACGAACAUGAUAUCAGCGAUAUGUACGUGGAUAUAAACAAACCGCUGAAUAGAGCAGGCCCAUCCACUCUUAACGCCCGUAUGCUAAUUGAAGAGGACGUGGAGGUGGAAGACACGGCGGAGCCAGGAGUGGAUAUUGACGACAACAAGGAAAAUGCCCCCCCUGUGACACGCAGAGCUUCCUUGCUAUCCAUUGCUGCCGUUGCGAACAUCCCGUCGUCGCCUUCAGAGAACCAAGACCCUUUGGGUACACCACGCAAGCCGCGCAGCGCGCGGAAGCGCAGUCCACUACCUUCCGCCAACUUCUCGUGCUCAAGCUCAAGUAUGGGCAUUGGUUCACCCGUCACAGAGGUACUCCGCAGGCGGUCGAGGAGUCGGAGCGUCGGCCUCAGACGCCGUUCAUUACCAUCAUUACCGUCGCCCAGCGGAGCACUAGCGGAAAAGCAGCCUACGAGUGCGGUGUCUUCUAAACCCUUGUCGAAACGCGCUAAAAUUGUGGAGAGGCAACAGGAGAAUUUGUCUUCCAGGAAGACGCGAGCGCAGAAGCGAAAGCGUGUCCAGGCGGAUAGUGACGAAGAGGAUGACCCCAUGAUUAUGGCGAGAAACUUGGAAAAGUUGCUGCCAAAGAGGCCAGCCAAGCGUGUUACUCGAGAAGCGGUAACAACUGUCCGCGGACGUGUGCGUGGAAGGGGGAGGGGGAGGGAACGAGGCGCGGGGAAAGCUCGGGCAACUCUUGGCCGGAGCGACGGUGAGAGCGAGGACCCUAGUGAGGUUGAGUCCGAAAUCAGGAAUGUGAGUGACGAGGUGUCGAAACUCCGUGGUGCAAGCAGGGGACGCAGUACAAGCCGUGGUAGGGGAAGAGGAAGAGGAAGAGGAAGAGGAAGAGGAAGAGGAGCAUCCUCAACGAUGGCUCAUAGCAGUCGUCCUGUAAGCUCUCGGGCGAAGUCCACCGCUGGCAAGGUGUCGGAAAAGGGGAAGAAACGGGCUCGAGAUGACGAGGAACUCGAUUCUGAUAAAGAUGAGGAGCGUGCACGAGCGCGUCAGGCGCGCAUGGAAUAUUUUCGAAAGCUGGAUGAGGAAUACAGCUUGGAGAAGGAAGAUGUUUAUGUGAUAUAG